AUGUAUGUCCAGAGAUCGCCUUCCGGGGCUACCGUGGUGCCUAAUGUUAUUGGAGGCAAGGUCGUGUCUCUGCCCGAAACUCAGAACUUCCCUGUCAUUCAAGGUUCAACUGGGGACACGAUCCAUUACGCCCAGAGCGCAACCGUCGACGUCGGAGUUCAUGCCGUCGAGACUGCUGCUGAGGUCUUUAAAACGUGGAGGAAGACUCCACUCUCGCAACGGCGGGCAAUAUUGAACAAAGCGGCUGACAUCUUGGAGACUAAGGUCGACGAGUUGGCCAAACGAGAGAUUCCAGAGACUAGUUGUGAUGCGCACUGGCCAGGUUUUGAGGUGAUCUUUGCGUCAAAAUUUGUGAGAGAGACCUCUGCCAAUGUCUCGACCGUGUGCGGGAGCAUACCGGACUCUGAGGUUCCAGGAACAACUUCAUUGGUGUUUCGAGAGCCCGUUGGUGUCGUUCUGACCAUCAUACCAUGGAAUGCUCCAAUCAUUCUAGCCUUCCGUGGCAUCGCUGCUGCUCUCGCAGCAGGCUGCACAGUGGUCUUCAAAGCCUCCGAACUGUGCCCGUGGACUCACCAACUGGUUCUUGAAGUCUUCGCGGAAGCAGGACUUCCAGCCGGGGCACUGAACAAGAUUCAAUGCUCCCGUUCUGAAGGUCCUGCUGUCACCGAAGCCAUCAUCAGCCAUCCGGCUCUGAGAAAGGUCGAAUUCAUCGGCAGUGCCGCAGUCGGACGAAUUAUAGGCACCGUGGCAGCCAAGCAUCUGAAGCCUGUCUUGAUGGAGUUAGGAGAUCAAAGCCCUGUGCUUGUCCUGGAGGACGCAGAUUUGCAAACCGCUGCAGAGAAUUGUGUUCGAGCUACCUUUGCCCAUCACGGUCAGAUCUGUUUCGGUACUGAGCGAAUCAUUGUCCAUGAGAAAGUGGCCCAGGACUUCUCCCGGGUACUUGUCGAAGCCACAAAAGCUCUGCCCUCGGCUGGCCACGCCAUCACGGUAGAAGGGGCAAAACGGUCUCAGGACAUCAUCGAAGAGGCUGUGGCUGAUGGUGCCAAGUUCCUCGUCGGCAGCGCCCAGUUAACGGGCCGAACGUCUCUCGAGCCUUCUAUCUUGAUGGAUGUGAACCCAAAAUCUCGGCUCUCGCGCGAAGAGUCGUUCGCUCCGUCUGCGAGUUUGUAUGUGGUCAACAGUGACGAGGAAGCCUUGGCCCUGGCGAAUGACACCCCGUACGGUCUAUCUGCAUCGGUCUUUACGAGAAACCAUGCCAAAGGACUGGCUCUGGCACGAGACCUAGAGUUUGGACAGGUCCAGAUCAACUCGCGCACCAUGUCUGUCAACGUCGCCGCGCCACAGACGGGAUUCAAGGGAAGUGGAUGGGGAAGCAAUGGUGCUGCAUAUGGGAUUGCGGAGUUCCUGUUUAGCAAGCAUGUUUCGCUGACUGCGUGA